AUGGGGAUGUGGUCCGCGGUGGUCAUAUUUUGUGGUGGCUUUCUUUCUGGCCUGCUCACUCUUGUUGCUUUACAAGCUCUGGGUGUUUACUUCUUGAUUAAAAGAUUGAAUCGAAAGAGUCAGCUUCAACAAAAACAAGCAUCACAUUCUUCAUCUCCUCAUCAAGAACUCGAUCCCCAACAGUCCCUUGAGUAUGCCUAUAACAAGAAGGGAAUUGUCUGGGUUCUUGAAUCAGAUAAGGUUCUGAAAAAUUGGCCAGUGGAAAAAGUACCGAAAGAUCAAAAGAGGAAAAAGGAGCUCCUUGAGGUUACUCCCAUUAAAAAACAUGCUAAAAUCAAGGAUAGGUCACUCAUUUUGACAGAUUCUGGUGGUACGCAUAGAAUUGUCCCCUUGAAAGGUUGUGUGAUAGAAGCUGUUUCAGCUACAAGCCUUCCAUCAAGAAAAUGGGCCAAAAGAUUUCCAAUAAAAGUGGAAAGCAAAAAUUCACCAAUAUAUAAUGCAAGUAAGACGUUUUUUAUUUUUCUUGAGACAUCCUGGGAGAAGGAGUCAUGGUGUAAAGCCCUCCGCCUUGCUUCAAGUGAUGACCAAGAAAAACUUAACUGGUUCACAAAGUUGAAUGAAGAUUUCCACCGUUAUUUGACAUCCUUAAGCACAGGAUACCCGUCAUUUAUGAAACCUUCAGUUGGGUUCUAUGCUGAGCCAAUAGAUAGGGCCAGUAGGCUUGACAGUUCUGAAUCGAAGGUUCGCCUGUUUUGGAAAAAGCUUGCCAGAAAGGCAUCAAAGACUGGUGUAGAAAGUAAGGUGACUUCCUUGUUAGGCCGUGAAGAGAGAAAGAAUAAUGAUAAAUAUCAUCCAUCCUCUGACCCAGCUUUUACCGGUAGUGUGGGAAAGAAUGCCCCAGCAUUAAUUGCACCUAUCACCUUUGAAGAAGAAAAUAUAGCAUCAAGUUCAUCAUCAACCUUUUCUCGUGCAUCAAGCCAAAGCCAGUUCUCAGCCAUUUCUGAAACAGACAUCGAUGAAAGGUUAAAUAUUGAUGACGGAACACUCUGCUGGAACUUGAUUAUUUCUCGGCUCUUUUUUGAUGCCAAAAGCAAUGCAGAGAUGAAGAGUUUAGUGCAAGCACGGAUUCAGCGAACAUUGUCAAAUAUGAGGACUCCCAGUUACAUUGGUGAAGUCAUAUGUACUGCUCUGGACCUUGGUAAUCUCCCGCCUUAUAUUCAUGGUAUUAGGGUUCUUCCUACACACGUGAAUGAAGUAUGGGCAUGGGAAGUUGACAUCGAAUAUUGUGGCGGGCUGGUCUUAGAUAUUGAAACAAGACUGGAAGUUCGUGACCUAGAUAUGCUGAAAGGUGUGGUGGAUACAGACUCAGGAUCCAGCUCUGGUACGGAUGUUUCUUCAGACCUUCUGGAAGGUUUUGAACAUCUUGGAAAGCAGUUGAAUCUUUCUGAAGCGACGGUUGAUUCACAAGAAUGGAAGGAUGAGGGUAAUCCUAAGCCUGAUAAAUUAAAGGACCCUAAGAGUGGUAUAGCAACAUCAACGAAUGUAUCUAAGUGGAAGUCCAUUCUUAAGUCUGUUGCGAAACAGGUCUCACAGGUGCCACUCUCUUUGUCAAUAAGGGUCGCAUCCCUUCGUGGAACGGUGCGAUUACAUAUUAAGCCGCCUCCUUCUGAUCAGUUAUGGUUUGGCUUCACUUCCAUGCCUGAUGUGGAGUUUGCAUUGGAGUCUUCUGUUGGGGAACACAAGAUCACUAGUGGACAGAUAGCUGUAUUCCUGAUCAAUAAGUUUAAGGCUGCAAUCCGGGAGUCAAUGGUUCUUCCAAACUGUGAAAGUGUUUGCAUUCCCUGGAUGUUAGCAGAAAAGAAUGACUGGGUCCCUCGAAAUGUUGCUCCUUUUAUAUGGAUUAAUCAAGAAGCCGCUAGUGAUAAUGCCACUGCACUUGAACUCUUGAACUCCCAAAUUGAUGCAAAAACCAAGAUCGAAGUUGGCAAGGGAACCUCAUACGAACAUCCAGAAAGCAAGCAUAAAAAAACAAGGAAUACUGAAAAUGCUCAACCACCACUUUCUGAUUAUUCAGAUGCAUUGCCACGCCCAUUAAGCUCUAACAAGCCAUCAAUGAAAAAUGACAAAUCAUCGCAAGAUCUAACAAGUCCUUUGUUGGCAAACGGUGAAGCAGAAGAAACUGGCCAACAGAGCAGUGGGUCUAUCUCGGAGAGUCAAUCACCAUCUAGGUCUCUGAUACCUCUGGAAAAACAGACUCUUGCUGUUGAGGAAGAUGAUUCAAGACCAAAGAAAAUGGGAAGGAGAGCAAAGAUGUUUGAUCUAGGCAAGAAGAUGGGAGAGAAAUUAGAAGAAAAGAGGCGCCAUAUUGAAGAAAAGGGCAGGAACAUGGUUGACAAGAUGCUAGGACCAUGA